GGGUAGCGUGCUGUGGCAUACACACGAUACUGUGUGCAGGUGGGAGCCGACACUUGCCCAGAUCGCCCAAGAUCAAGAAAUCUGUAGUUCACCCACGUUAUCGAAUGUGGCCAUGGCUUGCGGGGCGGCCACUCGAUGGCUUCUUGGACCUGCUCAACUCCGCUUCCUCCCUAACCUUUCUCCAUUCUCAACAUCUCGACUCUCCUGCUCCUCUUUUCUCUCAGUCUCCUUUACGACCUAUAAUAGCACUUUUCCUUCUAUUAACGAAAACGGCCGAUGGCGGAACCUCAAUCGCCAUCAGAAACGCCAGUGGCUAAGCCCAGCAAGCUGCCUGUGCGCGGCCACUGGUCACUAUCGGUGUUCUUUGUCGUGGCCAACGCAAUCGGGUUCUGGCUGUUUGCGCGUGGCUUCCUUCUGACGCGCAUGGUGCUGCCCGAUCACUCGCACUUGCUGGUGCUGCCGUUUGAGCAGAGCCACAGUACUCCGGCGCCAGACGCAGCGAAUGCCAGCUGGUACCCAGCAAAGUUUGAGCGCUCGAUUGUCCUUGUAGUUGAUGCUCUGCGGAUUGACUUUGCGAUGUUUAGCAGCGAGCUGAAUGCGACAGACGACAGGGUCCGGAAAAUGCCUUACCACAACAACCUGCCGAUUAUCGACCGCGUCAUGCAGUCCCGGCCAUCGCACAGCAUGCUGUAUAGGUUCCGUGCGGACCCGCCAACAACCACAUUGCAGAGACUGAAGGCACUGACCACCGGCCAGCUACCGACAUUCAUUGAUGCCGGGAGUAACUUUGCAGGCAGUGCUAUUGACGAGGACAACUGGCUGCAGGCGAUCCGUGGCAGAGAGGGCAGCGGGCAUAAGCGCAACCUGGUGUUUUUGGGCGACGAUACGUGGUCCAGCUUGUUCCCAAAUGAGCUUGCCGACACGUUUACAGACGAGCUCAACAGCACCGAGGGGGACAGUAUACAGGAAUACGGCGGAUGGGCGCGGAUCCGGCCAUUCCCAAGCCUGAAUGUCUGGGACCUGCAUACAGGCUGGGACACAAUUAUUGCACACUGCCUGGGCGUCGACCACUGCGGGCACCGGUUCGGUCCAGACCACCCGGCAAUGGCACUGAAACUGCAGCAGAUGAACCAGGCAAUCAAAAUGAUCGUUGAUGCGGUCGACAGAUCAGACAAAUCGACAGUACUGUAUGUGUUUGGCGACCACGGCAUGGACCCCAAGGGCGACCAUGGCGGUGACAGCCCUCGCGAGGUGGAUGCUGCGCUGUGGGUGUAUUCGAACACCGAGUGGAAUUCAAAGCGCGGUGCAGAGCGUUCUGGGCCGCCUCUGAUCCGCAGCACCCCUCAGAUUGACAUUGUAUCGACCAUGGCGCUGGUACUGGGCCUCCCGGUGCCAUUCAACAACCUGGGGGCCGUGAUCCCCGAGAUGUUUGCUUCGGACGAUUCGGUUGACGGCGAAUGGGGACUGCUACAUGCCCUGCGGCUGAACUCGGCCCAGGUGGUUCGCUAUCUGAAGGCAUAUAUGGCAAAGUCACACUCGCAUGGGUUCUCUGACGACGUUGUCCGCAUGUGGGACGAGCUACGACGCGCAACAAAAAAUAUUAUUGCAGAGGGUGAGGAAGAGGCGGCUGCGCAGUAUUACGCGUUCCUGCGCAUCAUGCUGGGCACGUUGCGGCAGAUGUGGGCGCAGUUUGAUCCUGUCCUGAUCCUGGCAGGUCUGGCAAUCAUGCUACUGUCGCUGGCCAGCCUCUCCCUUGUGUAUUGGCGUUCGCAGCAGUCUUCUCUCGAGACCAUUGCCUCCAAGACCCUGGCUGGCAGUGCGGCCGGCGGAAUCAUUGGCUUGGUUGCAUCCAAGGCGCUGAACACCGUUUUGUCGGCAACCGCCGCUUCGUCUCAUGCAUCCCAGCUUGACCUGGCUGUUGUGGGACUCACAGCCGGCGUGGGCAUUGAUGACACCUCUCCACCUGGCUUCCGGCGCGGAAUCCCUGUGCUACUGAACGGUGUUGCGAUUUUGGUCACUCUUUUCCACCUCUUGGUGUUCACGUCAAACAGCUACACGUUCAACGAGGACAGCGUCGUUUUAUACCUGCUGCAGACACUGACUCUGGUGCUGUUUGGCGCAGCUCUCAGCACAUUGGCAUCGAAGCCAGAAACUCAGCAGGCUGCUGGUCAGCGCGCAGCCAUUUGCGCAUUUGCAAUCCUGGUGCUCAACCGCAUUUCAUCGUACUCGACGGUGUGCCGCGAAGAGCAGAUUCCUGGCGGAUGCAAGCCAACGUUCUACGGCUCGGAAUCAGCAUCAAUCAGCAGCGUGUGGCUGGCAGUGGCCAACCUGGGCAUGGUCUGGAUCGUGCCAUCGGUAGUCCUGCGGUUCCUGCAGCGGUCCCGCAGCGACACUGCGUCUGUGGCACGACUAUGGCUGGGCAUCGGCAUGCGUGCCAGCAUGGGCAUGGCAGCCGUGUACUGGAUCCUGGAUUCCAUCGAUGCCGAGGCUGCACUCGAGCCCAAGGCGUCGGGAGGCAACUGGAGUGAACUGCGUAUACUACUGGCCCGCACGUCUGUUGGGAUUGCUCUGGGCGGAGGACUCGCAGCGUGGCUUGCCAGCCCGUUCUGCCUUGACGUUGCCAUCGCCGAUGCCUCCACGACAAAAGUGGCCAAGCACAAGAAGCAGGCAGCCCAGCCGAAGCGCACCGCGAUCAUUCUGGGCUUUGGCAACGCCUACGGUGUAGCAUAUCUGCUCUUUGUCACGGUCGUGUUCUGCGUGCUGUAUCUGGUGCAGCAGCCAAUGGGCGGCAUCAUGCUGUCGGUGCUGUUUGUUGAGAUUCUGCUGGCCAUGGAACUAUUUGACGCGCUGCACGACGCGCUGCAAUGCAGCAUGUCGCUGGUGCCAGCACAGGUGGUGAUGCUUGGGCUGCUGUCGUACAUGGGGUACUUUGCUACGGGACACCAGUUCACGCUGGUGUCGCUGCAGUGGAGCACAGCGUUUGUGGGCGUGCGCGAGAUGCAGCUGGUCGUCUGUGGUGUGAUUGUCGGGCUGAACACGCUAGGUGCCUUUGUGCUGGGUGCAAUGGGCGUGCCGCUGGUUGCGCUGUGGAACCAGUCGCUAGGCACACAGCUGCUGCGGAUAGCACCCGGGAACUUCAUGGCUCGUGUCACGGGCGCUGCUGCAGCGUACCUGGCGUACCAUGCGGCGGUGUCGACUAGCUCGGCGAUCUUUGCGGCUGUCUUCCGCCGCCAUCUGAUGGUGUGGAAGGUGUUUGCCCCCAGAUUCAUGUUCUCGGUGCCUGUGCUGCUGGGAUCUGUUGUGCUGGCGCUGUGUCUAGCCGUCGGCUUUGCUGCUGUGCGUGUGCUGCGCAUGGGUCUAGGUGUGGGCUCGGCGCAGUCUCUGGUUGCCGACCGCAUCCGGGCCAAGUAG